AAUAAGUUAAUCUCGGAAAAGAAAAAAACACUUUACAGGUGUUCGGUUUUUUAUCAAAAUGGUUUUGGUUAAAAGUUUUUAAUUUCAACAAAAAUCCUCCUUAGAACAUAGUAAAUACUGUCAUUGCAUAGUAAAACCAAAAUAACACAAGUAAACCGAGAAACCACUUAUUUAUGCAUUUACAGUUAUACGCGUAACACGUAUUUUGUGCAUCGAACUCAAGCAUUGAAUUAGGCCACAUAGCGAUCUCUCCCUAAAAUACCGCUGUUCUGGUUGUCGACGUAUCAAGCUAACUUUGGAAGGCGGGAGAGUGAUGAUCAGAAAGCUCACUACAUGGUAAUGUGAUGUCAUCAAAAGGGGAAACAGAGGCCGACUCCGGCACCGUGUCACCAAAUUUAUCAGCAGUCAAAAAUGAACCGGUCGCCACCAACAGCAAAGAAACUCCAAAAAGAGGUGGUACAUUACUAAAAUGUACCACAUGUAAUAGUUUUAGUACCUUAAGUAGUCGAGCCUUAACCACCCACAUGGCCCAAUGUUCCCCUGACAACAAUAAUGUGGCAGCUGCUCAAAAUGCUGACCCCCGGCCUCACAGAAAGUUGUUUGAAUGCGACGUGUGCAACAUGAAGUUUUCAAAUGGCGCCAAUAUGCGUAGACAUAAAAUGCGGCACACGGGAGUGAAGCCGUAUGAAUGUCGCGUUUGCCAAAAAAGAUUCUUCCGCAAAGAUCAUUUGGCAGAACAUUUCACUACUCAUACCAAGAGCUUGCCGUAUCAUUGCCCAAUCUGCAACCGAGGAUUCCAGCGCCAAAUUGCCAUGCGCGCACAUUUCCAAAACGAACACGUUGGACAACAUGACCUCGUUAAAACUUGCCCCUUGUGUAGUUAUCGUGCACCCACCAUGAAAAGUCUAAGGGUUCACUUCUUUAACAGACAUGGAAUUGAUUUGGACAACCCUGGUCCUGGGAACAACUCAUCUGUAUCUCUGCUAGCCGCUGGUAUAGCCAAUGCCGCGUACGCCGACGGUACAAUGGAUCCCAGCGCCAUUAACGCCCUUGGUGCACUGGGAUCCAGCCUAUCUGUGUCCGUCGCUGCAACAUACUCGGACAGUGGCGAAAGCAAUGGCGCCCGCUCCGUGGACAAUGCAACACCACCCAUGCACUACUUGACCCCACAUGUUGAGAUUUCUAUGGCCGACAAUAACGAAACAUUCUCUCCUGGCCAGAACCAUUUAGGCAACUCUGAUUCGCGCAUGAACGGCGAAGGGCCUAGCUCACCUCAAUCGGGCGACAGCGCCAUCGCUAGCAGCUCCCUAUCAGCUGGACUACCCACAAAUAUAACUCCGUCCAUCACGUUGAUACCCAUAAAACAGGAACCCAACACUCAAGAAGAGUCUGCUAAUAAUGAAAUGCGGGAAGGCGAAACAAAUGGGGGCGAUAAACGAGGCGUAUCCUCGAGUCUGUCAUCUCUGAUCAAGGUGUCACCGCUAAAAAGUUUAUUAAGAGAAGAUUUGCGCCGGCGCAUCUCUGCUCGUGGACGCGCUCGGGGCUCUAGCGCUUCUCGCGCGUCUCCGUCUGAAGGCGGAGUGAUCACCUCGACGCACGGGGAUGCUGCCAUGCUGCCUUCAUCCCUCGUAUGUACAUUCUGCUCCAUAACAUUUCCAGACUCUACUCUGUAUUUCCUGCACAAGGGCUGCCACUGCGACUCCAACCCUUGGAAAUGUAACAUUUGCGGCGAACAGUGCUGCAAUGUGUACGAGUUCAACUCCCACCUGCUGAGCAAGAGCCAUCAAUGACUGUUUGCAGGGGGGCCGUUCGAUCACUGACUUUUAGUUUGAUGAUGCACUUGUCGUAUGCUAUGUUUGCAUAGUCCGUAAAGCACUUCGAAGAUACUUCACCUUUUUAUUUACAUACUACGAUUAGAUACAAUUAAUUGUUUCUUUUCUUGUUUUCAUUAUUAGAGCAGGCACUGUAUGUUGAAGUGCUUCGAAUAUGCUAUAUGCUGAACGUCCCCCCGAAGCUAUUUUAUUUAAAAGUGCAAAUUAUGUCAAGGUAUAAUUAUUUAGUGGUUAUAAUAGUUAAAUGUGCGGAGAUAUUUAUAUGGAUAUUUUAGUACUUAAAUAAAAAGGGAUAUGAUAUGGUGAAAAAUAAUAAUUAUAUGAAAUCAUGUCUUAUAAAUUUGAGUUAUUAUAAGACUUUGGAUAAUAUGAAUGCUGAAAUUCAGCAUUAAUUAUAUUAAUUACUUACAUUCCAAAUUACGACGGAUACAUUCCAAUUUCGUGAGAUUUACGAAUUUUAUUCAUUCUUUGGUGGGGAAUAAGUGACUACCUACUCAAAUUAAUAAAAAUCUUUAUUUUAUUUUCUUAAAGUACUUAACUGUACAUUACCGUUAUUGAAAAGAAAAUACAAUUUUAGAGUAUUUUGGUGCGAUAGUGAAUUAUACAAAUGUUUAUUAAAAUAAAACUUAUGGUGAAGAGUGUACAAAUUAAUAUAUAUUUUUACAUUUCGCUGUUGAGACGUUAUAGAAAGGCAAAGCCUAUGAUAAAUCCGUGAUGGUUUAAUUAUUGUGAUUGUGUACAGACAGGAAUUAUAAAUUCUACAUUCCGUUUUUAUUUAUGUUUCCUUUUAUAAAGUGCAUGUGAUGCAAGUCCACGACUAAUACUUAAUGUACAAUUUAAAUUAUUUUGUUGUUAUUAUUAUUUAUUUUUCUAAAAUACAUAUUAUAUUAUACAUUCUAAGAAUUAUAAAUUUCAUUAUAUGUGUACUUAAAAAGUCAACAAACUUAUUAUAGUCUAAAAGCACUUUCUGUUUCGAGUUAUGAUUGCGAUGAAUGAAACUAACAAAGCUAGAAUUAAAAUAAUAUUAUAAAAUAUCAAACAACAAUGAAUUAAGAGUGGCUAUACAUAGCACACAUUGCUCAAUUAAGCUCAAGCACGGAGCAUGUAGAGUGUUGUACUCGCACAAAAGCAUAAUAACAUUAGUUCACAUACAUUUUCAUAGCUUGAAUUACUCCACAGAAAGUUGCAAGUGCUUUUUAUUGGUGCCUGUUGACAUAAUAUUCGUUACUUAUUGUAUAAAUUAUCAAACAGGCAUAUUGGUUAAUCACACUUGAGUUUCAAGCUCUUUAUUUAUGGAUUAAUCAAAAUAGGUAAAUUAUUUAUUUUAAGAGAAAUGCUCAACUUUGUGGUAAACGGUUUUAUCAUCAUAUUGUAGCAAAUUAUAUCUUUACACUUUCUUUGUUAUAAAAUUAAUUUCUUUUCAUCAGAUUCUAUUUUUUAGACAAACCGUACUAACUAAAUUAAAUUUAAGCAAACGUAUUUUCAUUUUAUAGUGUAGAAGUUAUUUCCUAUGUUAGGUACAUUGUUUGUACCACGUAUUCGUAUUCGACGACAUCGGUCAAUCCGUUCCAUUGUUUGUUUUAACCUGAGAUUUACAUUCCUUUAGCAAUUAAGUACUUAAUAUCGGUUGUGGUCUUGCCUGAUAAGUUUACUAAAUUGACUUAGAUGGAACUGAAAUUAUGUUUACCAACGAAGUUAUUUUGUUUUGUUAUUGCAUUGGUGUUAGGUUAGCAGUCGGCGCACGCGGUAGUCCGUCCAUGAGUUGCAUGGACAUAGUGAGUUACCUGAAAUGAGCAACACAUAUUUAUUUAUAGAGAUUCUUAUAUUAUGCUGUUUCAAUUGUUGGUUAUGUAGAACUUGAGUGUUUUAUUAUAUAUUUUGGUCCCGUCGCGCCGCAAUUUUAACGUUAAUACAAGUGUAGGUUAGAAUAAGAGCUAUUAAUAUUAUUAAUCGGUAACCCCCGUUGGGCGCCUUUACUUAAUCCGUCCAUAUCUAAUGAUAGAUAUUGCCUUUAAUAUUUAAUAGAGUAAUAUAUUUUAUAGAUUCUAGGAGUAAUUAAGAACAGAUCUUAAAUAUAAAAUGUUUUCAGAAUGCAGAGGUUUAAAGAUGUAGUUGUAUUUAUUUAACUUCUAUUACAUUGGUGCUAGCAUUGCUAAAAAAUCAAAAUAGAACAUGCAAACAGCUGUGAAUCUUGAUCACGCAGUGGUUCUUUAUUGAUUUAUUUGCAAUGCAGCAAUAACAUUGUUGAUUGUUGCGAUUUGAAGUAAAUAUUUUAUUUUUUGUGUGGUAGUAAUACAAAUUAUAAACUAAAGUAUUCGACGUUGUUUUAGAAUAUUGUUGAAAUAAAAUUAAAUCAUUAAUCAUGUAGAUACAAACAGUAUUUUUAAAGUUACAUUUUUGGGAAUUUUUCCUGAUUGAAAAUUAUUGUCAUCUAUUGAAAAUGAUUGAUUCCUACUUUGAAACUAGAGCAGCGUGACUUACAAUAAUUAUUAUUCUAGAUUUGGUGGUAUCUUAUAUAAACACUAUAACAUACACCAUAUAAUAAUUAAUCUUAAAACAGAAUAUUUAGUGUAGCGAUCCUCACCUUAAUACCAAAACACAGCUUACCAACAUUAUAAUUUUAUUUUAAGUUGUUAUGUAUGUAAUAAUAUAAGAUAGAGAAAUUAACAUGGUUGAAAGCAAUUAGUAACUUCUAAGCAGAUUGAAUUUGUCGUUGAUAUUUUUCUGUUAUUUUAUUAUAUCAAUAUUAAGAGAAUAAUAUCAAACUGUAAUAAUAAAUAAAAUAGGGUUACUACUUACGAGGAACCAGUUUGGAAUCAAGAGUGAUAGUUACUAUAUCAAAUUGUAGCAGAUUGUGCCUUAGAUCAAUAGUUAAAUAUUGAUUAUAAUAUCAUAUUAUAUAAAUAUUACGAUAUUUUAUUUUAAAUGUGUGCAUUUUUAAAAUUGUCACGUCCUUUUUAUAUAUACACCUAUUAGAAUCUGGUAAAUCUAAACAAAUGUUAUUUAUUGAUGUAUAGAAGAAUACAUAUAAUUAUACAAAAUGGCUGUUAUGCUUGUUUUCGCGGUAAAAGUUUAUUUGCAGUUUAUUUAAAAAUUGUACUUGUUAUCGAUUGUGACGAUAAAGAAUUAUAAACAUGUGGUACUUACUACCGAAUAUGUAGUUCUAUUUAUUUACUUUAUAAUAAUUUGGUAAAGGGUCUAAUGAAAUAUUAAUAAACUAUGACAUACAUUAAA